AUGGCCACCCAAGUCGACUCUGCAGGCUACGCUUCGGUAGCGCUCAGCCUGUCCGCUGACCAGUCCUUGGACUCCAACAUCUUGUUCCCCGAGCGCCGUAUCACAUUAAACCGCGAGAGAUGCUCGAUUUCCAUCGGACGAGCCUCGAAAGUCUCCUCGAAGGGAUUCGUUGCAUCUCGGGAGAACGCUUGGUUUGACAGUCCAGUUAUGUCAAGGCAACACGCUGAGAUUGUUGCCAACAUGGAAAGCAAGAAGGUGGAAGUGAGAGACCUAGGUUCCCUUCACGGAACUUUCCUGAAUGGCGGCGAUAACCGCAUUCCCGACAAGAAGUUUCUGGAGCUCAAGGACGGCGACCGGCUUACCUUUGGCGUGCCUAUCACGAGAGGAGCCGAGCAGUUUGCUCCCACCACCGUUACAGUUGGCCUUUCUUAUUCGAACUAUGCAAAACCCAGCACCAGCACCUUCCGGGUACCCGACGGCUCUGACGACGAGGACGAGGACGACAGCUCUGAUAUCAAUGGUUAUUCGAGCGACGGUAGUCAUAAGGGAAAGAAUCCUGGCGCUCCCAACAAGCCUUCCUCGGCGCCUACCUCCCCACCAGAUGUUAUUGAUCUAACCAACAAGCAGUAUGACCUGCCGGUCAUCUGUAAUGAAGUACACGACGUCAUUGAUCUCUCUUCCCCCCCUGGCUCGCCGAUACCCGUGGAUGAUGACGAUCCCCCCAGUAUCAUCCGAGCCCAGUGCCAUGUGCUGAGCGAUGUCACUGUCGAGCGUCCCAUCUCUUCUUCGAAAAGCCCAGAGCGCGUGGCGCCGAUCCCCGACGCUACUGCUACCAUGUCAAGCCUUCUGCGACUGGCAGACCAGGAAGGAGCCGCGCCAUCCAGCGACGGAGAUCGCACAGAUAGCGAGAGCGGCCAGAGUGACGAACAGGAUGAUAGCGAUAGCGUUAUGGACUAUUCGGAAAGUGAAUCCGAGGAUCUUGGAGGGUUAAUUGGGGAUGAAGACGUUGAGAGCGAGCUCGAGGCCAUCGAAUCCGAGGAAGAAUACACGUCAGAUGACGACGGCAUGAGCAUUGACUAUCCCGUCGAUGACCAUAUCAGUGUCUUCUGGGACGACUUGUCGCAAUCCUCCCCAGCUGCCGAGUAUCCUGAGGUUUCGGCGUUGUGCGACUCUGUGUCCCACCCGGCUGGAGCCUCAGUGGCUCCCAAAGCAAACGAUAAAGCCACCCAGGAGCCUGUUCCCAUCGCAGUCGAGAGACUCCUGAACACCCCCAAACCAACUGAACCUCAACCUCGAGAUUCGAGUCCUUCUAAGAGUUUUUACUCAUUUCCAUCUACCCGUUCACCCAAAAUUACAGCUGAAGUUCUUGGUGCUAGCACCGGCAAGCCUGAAUUCUUCGCAGCUCGUGAAGGAAAUAAACUCGCUCUGGACGCGCAGAGGGGCUCAAAUACACGGCCUCUUUCCUCUGUGCAUGCUCUGUGCAAUGACGAGGAGCCCCCCAAUUACAAGUUCGGUCCAGCGGGAGAACAAGCUGCCAAGCCAAUCAGUCUGCCUCCCAUUCUGGAUUUGCCAAUCGCAGAGUCUGCCGGCGAAGAGCCAGUAAGCGGCAUGCCGGCUCCAGUCCAACCUGCGAUGAUCUCGCCGCCUUCUGUGCUUGGCUUCGGCCGGGCUGAAGACCGCUUGACGAUGCAAGAGUCUACAGCUUGCAUGCUUCCAACCUCCGCAGAUUCGGCCCCUAUCCCAGACGGAAUCCCAGACCUCGGCUCUCGGCGGACUCAUGUGGGAAUUCCCGACAUUGUCGACAGCUGCCAGCAGGCUCCUGAGGCAGGAAAGCUGAAACGUAAAGCCGAGGAUAUCUCAGAUUCCACAGAUGAACAAGAACUGUGGGCGGCUGCGGCUAAGCAGUCCGUUAUCACGGCUUCUUCCUCGGAUUUGACUUCGAACACCGGUGCUUUACCGAGCAGAUGCCUCCGAACAUUGCCGCCGGCACAAUUGAAGGGCGCUGAACAGCCAUAUGCGGAGCUGCCACAGGUUGAAGGCAACGAUGCCCUUGUGGCCCGCAUGCCAGGGAGGCCUGCAAAGAGAGUUCGCCUGCUACGCAUUGCAGAGCGUGUCGGAUACGCAGCGCUCGGUGGUGUUACCGCGGGCGCCAUGAUCAUGGGCACUCUUAUCUACACAGCUCCCACAUUCAGCUAA